UCCACCGGCCGACCACGCUCCAUGCAGGGACUCCUUUGUUCACAGUGAUUUUUUGUUGGUAACUUUUGGAUUAUCACCUAUUUUCCGCUCAUCCCAGUGAAAGCGUCCAUUCCUGGAACUUGUGACUCCGGUCUCCAGAGUCACAGAGAAGAUGACUUUGUGGUGGCUUCGGCUGCUGAUCAUAACCUCCGUCCUCCUCCCACUGACCUUGUGCAAGAAGGACAAUGCUGAUGUCGGGAGUAUAUAUUUCAACAACCGCAGCCGACGUGUGAAGAGGGAGUGGAUAUGGAAUCAGAUGUACAUUAUCGAGGAACAGAUAAAUCCACUGCCUCAUCAUGUUGGAAAGCUCAUCUCCAGUACGUCAAAAUCGAACGCUAAGUAUGCCCUCCAAGGGGAGUAUGCCAACACCAUCUUCAAAGUUGAUGAGACCACAGGUGACAUCUACUGCUUUGAAAGACUGGAUCGAGAGAAGAAGUCGCAGUACAUGCUUAAAGCGCUCUUGGUCGACAAACUCACCAACAAAACUCUGGAACCUCCCUCCGACUUUAUUAUCAAAGUCAUAGAUAUUAACGAUAAUGCUCCGGUGUUCACUGAGAAGAUAUACAACGCGUCUGUUCCGGAGAUGUCCCCGACUGGAACUCUGGUCAGCACGGUGACAGCUUUGGAUGCAGAUGACCCCACAUUAUCUGGACAUGCUACUGUAUCAUACAAGAUCAUCAAAGGACAAGAAAACUUCACAAUCAACAAUCAGGGAUCCAUUUACACUGCGGUGCCGUAUUUAGACAGAGAAGAGAAAGCCACGUAUGAAGUUGUUGUUGAAGCCAGGGAUUCCCCGGGUCAAAACUCAGGCUUCUCGAGCACAGUCAGCGUGAUCAUAAAUCUGAGUGACAUCAAUGACAAUUUCCCAACCUUCACCAAAAGCCAGUUUGUUUUUAAUGUGCCAGAGAAUUUGAGAGUUGGCGGCGAAGUCGGAAGAAUGAAAGUGGAAGAUAUCGACGAGCCGCAGAACCGAAAUACCAAAUUCACCUUCGCCAAAGAGAAGCUGCAAGAGCUGUUUGCGAUCACGACUAAUCCGCUGACCAACGAAGGAAUCCUGAUAUUAAAAAAGCACCUGGACUUUGAAACCACUAAACAAUACAAGAUGACCAUUGAGGCUCUGGAUCCCUCCAUAGUUCUGAAGUUAGCAAACCAGCCAAGACCUAAGAGUUCCACCGAAGUCAUCAUCAAUGUUCUCGAUGUAGACGAACCCCCAGUGUUCACCAAACAAUUUUACCAAUUCGAGGUGAAAGAGGAUACAAAACUGAAUACAAUCAUCGGCUUUGUCUCCGCGAAAGAUCCUGACGCUAUCGGAAGAAAAGUGACAUAUUCCAUAAGAAAUGCAAAAGAUGACCUCAUUUUAGUAACAGACAAAGGAAAUAUUUUGAAUGGCAAGUCACUCGACAGGGAGACCAACGAAUGGCAUAAUUUAACUAUAGCAGCCCAGGAAAUCGAUACAAGCAGUCCUGUGAAGAAGGAGUCGUUAGUACCAGUUUACAUAAAGGUUCUCGACGUAAAUGAUAACGCUCCAGAAUUUGCUGAGCCCUAUGCACCCAUAGUGUGCGAAAAUGCCCCCCACCAAACGGUCAUAGUAAACAUUUCUGCCACUGAUAAGGAUGAAAUGAAACCAGGAAUGAGGUUUACAUAUUAUUCUGCAAAAAAGGAAAACAAUUUCACAGUGCAAGAUAAUAACGAUAACACAGCCAGUGUUCUGGUAAAGUAUGGAGACUUUAACCCAGAUGUGGCAAAAGUCCAUUACUUACCGAUUGUGAUUUCUGACAAUGGAGAUCCAGAACAGAGCAGCACGAGCACCCUGACCAUCACGGUGUGCAAAUGUAACGAGAAAGGGGAAUCCACAUAUUGCCAAGCGACUGCAAGACAGGCGUCCGUGUCGGCCCCCGUGCUCAUCAUCGUCUUCGCCUGUUUGAUUCUUCUUAUUUUGGUGGUCUUGUUCCUGCUCUGGAGAAGAAAUCACAGGAACAAUACAAAAACUUCAGGGAAAAAUGUGCCCGAGAUCCAUGAGCAGUUGGUCACUUACGAUGAGGAGGGUGGAGGAGAGAUGGACACCAACUGCUACGAUGUCUCCGUCCUCAAUUCAGUGCGUAGAAACGUGUCCCGGUCCAAGAGCAACAUGGAACCCGCUCCGCUGGUAUAUUCCCAGCUCCAGCUGCCUGCAAACAAUGGAGAAAUGCAUUACGUGAUCGAGGCGAAAAAGGACGAGGCAGAUAACGAUGGAGAACUUCUCCCAUACGAUACCCUACACAUAUUUGGCUACGAGGGGUCCGAAUCCAUAGUAGAAUCUCUCAGCUCCUUGGAGUCUGGAUCUUCAGACUCAGAAAUUGACUACGACGUGUUAAAUGAAUGGGGACCCAGAUUUAAGAUGCUGGCCGAUCUGUAUGGUUUGGAACAGAUUGAGAAAUUUGAUUAAUACGACCCAAAUACGCAACGAAAGCCAACAUAUUAAUACAGUUUCUUUUCAGCAAAGAUCUGCUUGUUUGUUCACAUAAGUAACCUGAGGAUGGUCACCUGUAAAAGCCAAAAUGUUCCAAAGCAAUCUAUUACAUUGUGUUAUAACCAAGUAUACAGUAAGGUUGAUAAA